UUAUGUUUACAAAUACAGAUCAGAAAUAGGAAUAUCGUUUCAUUGAUUAAAUAAACUCAAUAUUUUGGCUAAAAUGAGCCAAAGUACUAGUGCAGCCACUGUGGUGCGAACUGCACCGCAGCAGGAUUUGAUGAACGAACUUAAUUUCUUUUUAAAAGGAGCUUCUAAGAAGGAGCCUUCCAGUCAAGUGGAUCUUACAAAGUCAGCUUUGACUCUUCUAAAGUGUCUUCCACCUACCAAGGUGGCAGUUUUCGAAUAUUUUCGGGGAGUUUUUGAGAACGCCGCUAAGGGCUAUGUUCAAGGACUUGAGACUGAAAUAAAUACAGGAAAGUUGCCACCACCUUCAGAAAUUGAUGAAUUGAUGGUCUCAGAAAUACAUACAGUUCUUUCAACCCUAAUUGCUGACAAUCCUGUUGCUUGGACUCCAACUAUAAGUACCUGGUCACUGGAGUUACUUGGAGAAAUUUCUACUAAAUAUUGUGGAAGAGCUCAUUUCUCAUCAAAUUUGAAUGAAACUUUGCAGCUGUGGAUGGGUUGCAGAGCUACAAGAACUUUAAUGGAUAUAAAUACAAAGUGUCUAUCCAGCUUAAUUCACUCCAAUACCGAAGCAUGUAUUAGUGCCCUUCUAGACACAUCUGUAAAACAUUCUCCAAAUUUUGACUGGGUUGUUGCCCAUGUUGGCAGCUGCUUUCCAAAUACAGUGAUCACUAGGGUAUUAUCUGUAGGGCUAAAAGAUUUUUGCCAAAAUAAAUCCUAUGAACAAGGCUCUAACUCUCCUAAAUUAAAAUCAGUGGUUGGAAUUUUGGGACAUUUAGCUGGGAGUCAUGCUGAGGAUAUCAGGAAAGCUCUGUUGGAUAUAUUCACAGCUAGUAUCAGUGAAAACGUACAAGAUACUGAUAUAAACAGGCUACAGAAGAAAGCAACAGUGCCUUAUAUUUUACAGCUUAUUCAUUUAUCGUCGACAUUAUUGUCAUCAAUAUGCCAAGACAUUAAAGAAUUCCUUACCACUGACACUAUUACUAGACUAUAUCAUUUUGUGGAAGAUUGGUGUAGAUAUUUUGGGACCCCGGAAGCUUUGCAGGAAAUACUAAUUGGUUUGAUUCUUCGUUGCGAAACUGGAGGAGAUCAAAUUAUAAGACUAAUGCUUGACUGUAUUUUAAUUACCAAAAGUGAAGAAGAAAUAAAAAAUAACAUAGUAGAAACAUCAAAAGAGCUUUUGACAACUGUAUUACAAGAUAUGGAGGAAUCUGUCCGACAUAAUAACGCAGUGGACCUUAUUAAUUCAUUUUCAAAAGAAAUACCGCAGUUGGUACAAAUGCUUUUGAAUUCUGAAAAAGUUGUUUAUGACACUGCCGCAAAAAUUGUUUUAUUAUUAGGUCACACUAACCCGUCUAUAUUGGUAACAGUGCUACAAUCUUUGUUAAAAUCAUCUACUACUGAUAACCAAUUAGUCAUAUUGUUGAAGUUUUUGACAAGUGACCUUAUCGAUAAAACGGUGUUGCCGUAUUCUGAAAAGGGGGGACAUUUUUCCUUAGUACUGGAAGAGAUUUUGAAUAGGAACGUUCAAAAGUUUUGCACCUCCAACGAGGAGAACUUGGAUCUGUCGCUGAUGUGGAACAAUUUGUUAAAAUUAUUAAGAUGGGAACAAAGCGGCAAGGUACCUCUUCUCAAUUCCAAGGUCAUAACGAGGUCUCUUCAAGCCAAUUUACCCAGUUUAACGGCUUUACUGAGGCACGAAGUUUUGCAUGUGCACGUUAUAGCAGAUAUAUUAGACACCAUGGAAAUACCGGUACAGAACGGUCCUUACAAUCCUCCAAUAGAAGUUGUCCUAAAUUUAACACAGUCCACGGUCAACUACUUUUUUCAAUGCUGCAAAGACGACGGUACGGCUUUGAAGUUAAAGGGAUAUAAAAAGGCGAAUACCAUGCUGAAACGACUAUGUACCUAUUCGAAGGUGGCUAAAGUAUUAGCUCUCAGGGAGCUAUUAGAACGAGCUCUAUUUCGCGCUGAUAACGUAUUAUUUGGUGCUAAAAAUAACGAAAUGGGCAACGAAAAUGAGAAAUAUCUUUUAAAACAAAAUAAAAAGAUCAACAAGACCAUUCCCCUUACAAAACACUCCACUGUCUUCAAUGGCGGAAUAAUCGGAACGGGAAAGCGAAAGUCAAUUUGUUACGAUCGUUUUCCCGCACACGUGAUUUCCGACAACAUUGCGCAACUGAUCAACGCAAUAAAAGCUUGUUGCGCUCUGCCCGAAGAACAUAAAUACACUGAUAUGUCGUGGGACAGUAUGACUCUGCUGUCUCUUUUGCUAGUUCAAUUUGUGAGUCCAGAUGUGAUGUACAAUGGACUGCCGUGGCCGGAGGAGGAAUUUUCAAAGGUUACGAUGGAAAGGGAUCUAUUCAUCAGAAGAAUGUUUAGCAACACACCUCUUCUCUGGGAUCUACUGAGUUUUGUCGCGGUCUACCGACCGGCUAUAUGCUAUUGCUCCGUAUUGAUUAGAGCCUUAACAGCUACGUUGAUUCACCAGUGGAAGAGUAUGGGGGAACAAAGUAAAGACGACGAUUCGGAGCAUUACAAGAAUCUUAUGGACACGACGAUUAGAGUAAUAGAUGUUAUGGCUUUGGGACAGCUUUUGCCACCUCCCCUCUCUAGUACUAGGGAUGUAUUACCGUAUUUAAAAUGUUACGAGAUCGUAGCUGUUCUUAGAGAAUGCAUUUGGUGUUACAUGAGAGAUCACAUUCCAUCUCCAGCCUUAUUCGCUUGUGACUCCAAUGGAGUGCAUUGGAGAGAUCCCGUAAACGCUCGCCCACCAGAAGUGUACACCAACACUUUAAGAAUAAUAAUGCAGAGAAAUAUUAAGACAUUGGGUCACAUGUAUGCCCAAAUGUUCAUUAAUGUACCCACACACGAGUCAUGAGAAACUGUAAAUUUUUUAAUUUCUUUUUGUAUAAAGUUUAUAUUUAUGUUU